AUCCCACCACUGGUCCACCACCAUGGCCACCCCAUCCACUUCCGGCGACCCUGCCGCCGCCGGCGAACCAGCGCCAACCCCAUCACUGGAGCCCACCCAGCGUCGUCACCCGACCUCCCGUAUCUCCCACAUCGUGCGUACCUACCUCGACCUCUCCAGUUCCAAGAAGCGCUGUGCCUUUCCCAAGAGCCAGCCCAAGGCCGGCGGCCAGGAAACGCGCGCUGCCGAAGACGAAACGGACGGGUCCGAGGCUGGGCUGCCUUCUUCCCAUCCGUCGCGGCUGCUUCGCGAGCUGGGAAUCCGCGUCUCCCGCUACACGCACGAGGAGCGCCGGGACAUCAUCCUCCGGUACAUGCAAAAGCGGAGCGGCCGCCAGGCCGUCAACCGCGCGGCGAGCAAGGUCCCAUCGAGGCAGGCUCUGGCGGAGCGACGACGGAGGGGUGCUGGAGGGAAGUUCCUCGGCAAGGAGGAUGCCCAGACUGCAGAUAAUCCUGAAGGAAAGGCAGAAGAAGAGCCAGAAUUGCCACCAGAAGUCGUCUCAAAUGCUGGAGGAGUGCCCAUAGUUGGAAUGGUCUUUGAGAAUGAAGAAAAAGUAUACGAGUAUUAUGUUAGUUAUGCAGGAAAUAUGGGAUUUAGUGUCCGGAAAGGAUGGCUGGAUAAAACUUCUAAAAAUUCCAACAGGUCAAGGGUCUAUAUCUGUUCUAGGGAGGGACUUCGCUCAAAGAAUGAUGCCAAGAAACCUCGCCCAGAGACAAGGAUGGGUUGCCCUGCACGUAUUGCUAUAAAGUUAACACCUAGUGGUAAAUAUAGGGUCACAGAAUUUGUGGAGGAUCACAAUCACCAGCUUGCUGCACCAUUUGAUAUUGAGAUGUUGAAAUCACAGAGAAUGUUGGCCAAGGCCCAACCUGGAAGCCAAGCUAGCGGCAUUCCUCCAGGGUACAAGAAUUAUCUUCGGUCCAAGUCCACCAAAGAUAUGAAAUCAGGGGAUCUCAGAGCCCUGAUGGAUUAUUUUCGAAGAAUGAAAAGUGAUAAUCCAUCGUUCUACUAUGCAAUUCAGGUGGAUGAAAAUGACAAAGUGGCUAAUGUCUUCUGGGCUGAUGCAAGGUCAAUCAUGGACUAUCACUAUUUCUGCGAUGUGGUCUGCUUUGACAUGAUCUACAAGCACAAUGACUGCAGCAGGCCCUUAGCUUUGUUUCUAGGUAUGAACCAUCAUAGGCAAAUGGUCAUAUUUGGUGCGGCUUUUCUAUAUGAUGAAACUGUUGAGUCUUUUAAGUGGCUUCUUGAGACUUUUAAGAGUGCCAUGUGUGGAAAACACCCAAAGACAAUUUUGACUGAUCGAUCUGGGCCUUUGAAGGAAGCGCUGGGUCUUACUUGGCCUGGUACUAUGCACCGUUUCUGCAUGUGGCAAAUAUACCAGAGUGCUGUUAAGUCUGUAGCACAUAUGUUUAGUACUUCUGAAGAGUUCACACAUGAUUUUAGACACUGUGUAUUUGAUAUCGAGGAUGAACAGGAGUUUGUUGACACAUGGAAUAUGAUAAUGGAGAAAUACAACCUUAGAGAGAAUGAAUUAUUAAUUAAGCUUUAUGAAGAUCGGGAACAUUGGGCCAUGCCAUACAAUCGGCAAAUAUUCUCUGGGGAUAUUCAAAGCAUGGUACAUGCUGAAAAUGCUGGCACUAGGCUCAAAGAGUACUUGGGCUCUGAUACAGAUCUAUCCUCUUUUUUGAAGUUUUUUCAAUGUUCAGCAGAGAAGAGGAGACAAGAAGAGAUGCAAGCUGAUUACCAAGCUAAUCAAGGGGUGCCAAGAAUACCUCUGCCAUUCCUAUGGCAGGCUGCGAAUUUGUAUACCCCAAUAACUUUUGACUUAUUUAGAAGGGAAUGUGAACUAAGUAUGGACUGUAUGGCUUAUGGUUGUGGGGAGUUUGGCUCUCUUUCUGAAUAUAUGGUUACUGUCAAGAACAAGACCAAGGACCAGCUUGUGCGUUUUGACUCAUCAAAUGGUACGGUUGCAUGUACAUGCAAAAGGUUUGAAAAUGCUGGACUGCUAUGCUGCCAUAUAUUAAAAGUAUACGAGCUGAGGAAUGUUAAAGAGAUUCCCCCACAGUACUUUCUGAAGAGGUGGAGGAAAGAUGCAAAGUUGGUGACAAUGGAUGAAGCUGAUGGAUUUAAUUUUGACAGUGACACAGAAUCUUCCAUUCCAGGACGUUAUGCAGCCCUUUGCCGCUUGUUCUAUAAGAUUGCUGCUAAGGCUGCAGAGAACAUAGAGACAUUUGCACUGAUGGCAAGCCAGUCAGAUCUACUUCUUGCAGAAGUAGAAGGAACUUUGCGAUCUACUCUGGCUGACAAGUCAUCUGGACAUUCCUUUACAGACCAAUUAACUCACAUGGCCCAGAAUGACUAUCUACUAAAUAGUAGCCAUGAAGCUCUAGGUUCUACUGGAAAGAAGUGUGAAGUCACUCGGCGCAGAAAUGAUCCGGAAACCAAUAAACGAAAGAAAGCGAGAACAGGGCAAUCUGAUGAAACAAAGGGUGGACCAAGUGGAGAGAUGAAUAUUACACCAGGAAGUAUACAAGCAGAACCAAGGAAUACUUCAAACCCGUUCAUUCCAGAUCAAUUAAUGCAUGGGCAUUAUGUACUUGGUCACAACUUUGGUCUUGGUAUCUCACAUAACCUUCACGACAAUUUGAAUCAGUUUGGUCAGGCCUCCUCGGUUUCAACCUUGCAGCAGCAGCCAUUUCCUGGGAAUGGUCAACUAACCCAAGGAUAUCCUGGUGAUAUGCAUGCAUUGCAAUUCGUGGAGACAGCACCCCAAAUCGAUCAUCAGAAUGGUGACGAGGGUCAGUCGUCAAUACCGGUGUGGGAUUUUCUUUGAUUGCACCGCCUAGAAUAUCGGUAUUGGGUAGGCAGCAAUAGCCUCCCAUGACUGCUGAACACUCGGUGGCAGGUUUUCUGUCUUCCAUUUUCAUUAUCAUGAGCUGCCUGAUGUUUGGUGGAGCUCGGUGUUAGUAGCCUAGUGUAGGGUCUGAUGUUUUCCACCCCCUUCAACAUCGCAAAAGGGGGGCUUCUGUAUAUGAUUUGGCUAUCUGUGAAUACUAGGUUAGGUUGCUCGCAAGGAAGAUGAACGCACUAUUCUUUUAUGUGCUGACGGCACAGUAUAAGACGUGCAGGUUUGUUGACCUUCAAUUGUGUAUGAUGUUUUUCACCCUUCAGUUGGAACUCUGUUA